AUGAGAUUUGACGCUAAAAUUGAUCAAAAAAAUCAACGCCCUAUGCUCCCUAUUGUGAUUAUUGGUGGCCCCACUGCCAGCGGAAAGUCCCGGCUUGCGCUAGAUAUUGCUCUCAAAAUGCAAGGUGCCCUCAUUAAUGCAGACAGCCAACAAAUCUAUGGUCAAUUACCCAUUCUCACAGCUGCCCCUACAGAAGAAGAAAAAAGACAAACUCCUCACUUCCUCUAUGGCAAUUGGGACGAUUUCACACAAAUAUGUUCGGCUUCUUUAUGGCGAGAGAAAGCGGUAAAAGCUAUUCAUCAUUGUCAUCAAGAAGGUCUCCUUCCCUGUGUUGUUGGGGGAACAGGCUUCUACUUGCAAGCUCUCACAGAAGGGCUAUCCCCCAUUCCUAAUAUUCCAAGCCAUGUACGCAAGGAGGUCAAGCGAUACCAUCAAGAAUGGGGAGCCGAAAAAUUUCAUGCCCGUUUGUGUGAACUUGAUCCCGAAAUUGGAAAUCGCCUUCACAUUGAGGAUACACAACGUUUGAUUCGAGCCUUCGAAGUUGUCACCUACACACACAUCCCCCUCUCUCAGUGGCAAAAAAAACUUAAAAUCAUGUCUGAAAAAGAUGUGUGGGAAUUUUAUACGAUUAUUCUAAAACCUGACCGAAAAAAUCUCCAUCAACGCGCGGAUAAACGCCUAAAAUGGAUGUUUGACAAUGGCGCAAUUGAAGAAGUGAGAAAUUUCUUCAAAAAAGAUCUCCCGGCUAAUCAUCCUCUCUUAAAAGCUGUCGGUGUUAGAGAAAUUUCAAGCUACCUUUCCGGAGAAAGUUUAGAAGAAGCCUUUGAAAAAACAAAGAUUCAUACGCAUCAAUAUAUCAAAAGACAAAUGACCUGGUUCAACCAUCAUUUAAAAGGCUCCUACAUUGUUGAAGACCUAUAUCCAGGGCCAAAUUCUUGUGAUACUCUAAAGGCAAUCUUUAAAGGCUUGCAUCAAAGAGGCCUCAAAGUUACAAAUAAAUAA